AUGAUGCGCAUCAGUUUGUACCUUUUGUGUCUUGUACAUAUCACUUUGUCCGUGGACAUUCAACGUGGACCGGAAAAUCCAUAUGCCGAAACUUCAAAGUGUGAGCUUAUUCGCAUACCGGCAUGCCAGGGACUUCCGUACAACCACACCAUUUUGCCGAAUACCUUCGGACAUACUUCACAGGAGGAGGCUGGACAGGACGUAACCCAGUACAAUUCGCUGUGGCCUGCCAAUAUGCAAUGCGACCUCUUCCCCGAAGACGGCCUGUGCAUUUCGGAAGACAAGCCAGAAACAAAGCCAGUUACUGAAAGUGCACUAGAAUGUCCAGUUGAAAUGAAGGUUCCAACAAGCUUUGAAUUUCGCAUUCGACUGAGUAACAACCUAAUAAUACCAAAUUGUGGCAUGCCAUGCAAACGACACCUUUUCAACGAUCCAUCUUGGACUAAGUUCUCGCGCCUGUGGAUUGGAUUAUGGAGUGGAUUAUGCGCAGCAUCAACCCUUUUCACUGUUUUGACAUUCCUCAUCGAUAUGAACCGAUUCCAGUACCCCGAACGGCCGAUAAUUUUCCUGUCGUUCUGUUACCUCGUGGUUGCCGUCACAUACAUAACCGGGCUUUCAUUUGGCGACAAGCCCCUUAUAAUUCUUAUCCACUUCUCGCCCAGGGAACUUCACGCCUUUUUCGAAAUGAUGUUAGUUUAA